UAAUUUAUCAGCGACAAAGCUCCCCUACCAUUUCAAAAUGGAAAACUUAUUAGUUAGACUAGGCGAAGAGUUGGCUUUCUGCAGCAUUGCUGUCGAUCGCGACAACUUUUUUGGUGCACGAGAUUCAAAUCUUAAUUGGCAGGUGGUACCGCUACUGUAGUUACAGGUAAACUAACUACUUCCCUUCCUAUAUGACCACAUUUUACAUGAAAUAUCAACGAAAUGAUCGGCAAAUAAUGCUAAACUAGCAUCCCAGAUGGAAAUUUAACGAUGUAUAGCGUCUGCGACAGAGGCUAAUAUUGCUGGAACAAAAACAACAACAAAAAAUGCAUCCGACAUUCACCUGAAAUAAUUAAAGCAAAUAUACAAAAAGCAAUGGUGACAUUUUGGAGGUUGUUGGAACUUUAAAAAAAGACGCACAUCUUGUCAAGAUUAUAACAACAAAUAAACCUGCUUGUAAAAUGCAUUGAAUUUUUCAAAAAAAUAUCUAGUGAUUGGAAAGCAUAUUUCUUGAAAGGAAAAGGAACAAUUACUGCAAUCUGCAUAAUCAGUUUAAGUUCUGAAAAAUGCGUCAUAGUCUUAAACAGCUGGAUUGUAUUGUUUCUGGUCUGUUAAUUUUUCCUCUUUGUUUUAGCAGGACCUUAUAGUCUUUCUAUUAAAACUCUGCCCACCAUUUCACGCUGAAUAUGUUUGAAAACGCGAAUAAGCAAUUAACUUAAUAGCCUCUGUCUUGCGCUCAUCAGUCUAAAAACUGCUUUUGUUUACGAUUUUCUGUUUGAUAAUUGACUACUUUUAGAAUUGGCGCCCUGUCAGGAGCACCUGGUACAUAAUCAAAUCCUCAGCCAAUCAGAAGCCGUGUUUUUGUGACAAUGUUUUUCUCGCACAAUCGCGUGAAGUCCUUUAGAAAUUUGCAUAUGAUAUUGUUGAAGCAAAUAAAAGUUUAAGGAGUUCAGCGCUGUGACGCCCAGUAUUAGAAAUGUGUUCACACAUCACUACACGUGUCCGUUAGUUUCUUUUCUCUCGCCAAACGGACAUUUGAAAUUCGUGGUACCAGCGCAUCGAAGCGUUAAAACUGUCAUGUCGUGUAACAUGAAUCGUUGUGCCGUUAUUUUCCUUACGAUCGCCGCGUUUCUCGUCUUCGCCGGAGCCGCCGUGUUUUUCUACUUCGGCCAGUAUGCAGAUGAGAGCAUCUUGGACUUCUACAUCUACAAUCGCACUCUGCAGAUCUUUGAAAAGUAUCCCGUGGAAAUAACCCCUGCCGAAUGGACGUUUUGGACUUGGACAGCCGUCCUCGUAUGGCAGUUUCUUUGGCUUCUCUACGCCCUCAUCUUGAUGUGUCGACAGCACGGCCCUAAGGUUCUGACGCCGUUCUUCUUCGUCUUUAACUUGCUAGCGUUCGGCUUCACGCUCGCUUGGGUGAUGAUGUGGGGCGAAGAUCUCAUCAACAUUGCUCUAGGAUGUGUUGCAGGGAUAGCUACAUCACUGUUCGUGGCUCUGGCGAUUGUGUACUAUCGACUUAACAUCCUACGUUUCGCGAUGAAUAGGUUUCCAACCGGAGACCAGAUAGCAAUGGAGGUGCUUGUAAUUAACGGUAUCGGCCUGUAUGCGUCCUGGGCGCUUUUCAAUGCCUUCCAACAAACCGCAAUUGUCCUUAAGUACACAGCCGAAGUAGAAGACGACAUAGCUUGCACUAUAGUGCUCGCCGGGCUCGCUUCUACGAUUCUCUUUUGGUUCUGUUUGGACAAUUUUGUUUUUUGGGAGUUUACGCUGUACACCGUCACGCCUUACGCGCCCAUGAUUGUUGGCUUCACGGGAACGUUCAUGGAGUUCUGGGAUAAAGACAAGAGAAAUUCGAUUUUCAAUGCUGCAUUGCUAGGUAGCACUUCGUUUCUGCUAUUGCUAAAAAUCGUGCACAUCAUCUGGAGAAGCCGAAGAGAUAGCAAGAAAAGCCGACGACAUGUCCUCGUCGAGGAAGAAAAAUUUGAACUGUAACUGAACCUCUUCGUUUAGAAUGCUGCUUGCACGCAGCUGGCGAGCACAAAAUCACGUUCAAGAAAGGUCACCCAUCGUGCGAAAUAAGGAGAGAAAGAAAGAAAAUGUGACUUCAAACACAAGACGGACUGCGUGAAGACUAUUUAAAGAGUGUGACAGAAAUUUGUUCUAUUUGCCUGCAGCAGGGAGAUAGAACAAACCAUUUUUUCUAGACGUUUUUAAUUGUUAAUUCGCCGACCAAAUCCCUAGGGCGAUUUAAUGCUCUGCAUUGAGCUGCGUUAUUCAGUUCUUGGUUCACUUUUUUCGCAAAGUAAACAAUUUGACGAGAAGUUGACACAAGUAAAACGAAACGAAACGACAGCCUAUACGGUAUAUUAACCCGUUGAUUUUUUACGGGGUUAUGUAUGAUAUCGUUUGCUAGGUUUCCAUUUCAAGUAAAAGGCUCUUCAAAAGAACGAAUCUCGCUUCCAAGGCGAAGUUUUUGUGUCCGAGAUACGCCAGAAUGCACUUUAUGUAAAUAUUAUAAAAUGUAACAUGAAAUGUCGAGACAUGCUUUAUAAAGAACUGUACGCUUCCAGUAACUCAGCUUUUCACACAUUAGAUUAAAAUUUACUGCAUAUGAAUGACAUUAAAUAAUUGAAAAUUAAA